GUGAAAAACUCGUCUAUUUCUAGGCAGAUUCGAAACUCGGGUCUGGUCUGGUUUAAUCCGGUUCGUUGUUCCUGACUAGUUUCUCUGAUAUCUUUUUAUUGUAUUUUCUUUAUUGUUUCACAAGGAAACCAGGGAAUGCAGAAAAAUGGGUUUGAAAGCUGAGCUCUAUUUGUUUGAGGUUAAUGAAGUUGAUGCUCCAUUCGAGCCGAUCUCGUUUCCUAUACCCAAGCUGUGUUUCCAUGCUCUUAUGGCUAUUGUGACUAUAAAUUUAAGGGAACAUGUUAUGUCAAUGCAUUAUGUUUGUGAAGAUGGUUGAGCUUUUCUGGGUUUUCAAAUCGAUUUACGGUUGCAUAUUCAUAUAUCAGUAACCUAGAUCAGAUUAUAUAGUGCUAGUUGUUAAGGUAGAUUCUGUUGUUUUCACCGAGGAACUAUAUUCGGAAUGGAACGAAAAGGGGCUGUGUUGAUGGAAAAGUAUGAAUUAGGGAGGUUACUAGGGCAGGGAACCUUUGCCAAGGUUCAUCAUGCGAGGAACCUCAAAACCGGCAUGAGUGUGGCCAUUAAGAUAAUUGACAAGGAGAGGGUAUUGAAAGUUGGAAUGAUGGAUCAGAUUAAGCGAGAAAUUUCGGUCAUGAGAUUGGUGAGACAUCCGAACGUGGUCGAGCUUUACGAGGUAAUGGCCAGCAAGACGAAGAUUUACUUCGUUAUGGAAUAUGCUAAAGGGGGUGAAUUGUUCAACAAGGUUGUGAAAGGGAAGUUGAAAGAGGAUACUGCGAGAAGUUACUUUCAACAGCUAAUCAGUGCUGUUGAUUUCUGUCAUAGUCGAGGCGUGUGUCAUCGGGAUCUCAAACCGGAAAAUUUGUUGUUGGAUGAGCAUGGUAACCUUAAGGUUACGGAUUUCGGGUUGAGUGCUCUUGCUGAAACGAAACACGAAGACGGAUUACUCCACACAACGUGCGGGACGCCUGCUUAUGUUGCACCCGAUGUUAUCAACAGGCGAGGUUAUGAUGGGUGCAAAUCUGAUAUCUGGUCUUGUGGGGUAAUCUUAUACGUUCUCCUGGCUGGCUUUCUACCAUUCCAGGAUUCGAAUAUGAUGCAGCUGUACCGGAAGAUCGGCAAAGCAGAGUUCAAGUUUCCAAACUGGUUUUCCCCCGAAGCACGCAGGCUGCUGUUGAAAAUAUUGGAUCCGAAUCCAAGUACGAGGAUCUCCAUUGAGAAAAUAAUGGAGCAUCCAUGGUUCCGAAAAGGGUUGGACUGCAAACCUGACAUUGUCGAUGCUGAAGUCAAAGAACCAAUUAUCAUGUCUCAAGCCCGAACUCCUUGUAGUAACAUGAAUGCCUUUGAUAUCAUCUCCCUGUCUGCAGGCUUCGAUUUAUCUGGUUUAUUUGAGGAAAAAGAACAAAAGAAAGAAGUUCGAUUUACAUCGAACAAGGCAGCUUCGUCCAUCGUUUCGAAACUUGAAGACAUUGCCAAGCGUCUAAAGAUGAAAAUAAAGAAGAAAGAUGAAGGGUUGUUGAAAAUAGAAGGCUCGAAAGAAGGCAGGAAAGGUACGUUGGAGAUUGAUGCCGAAAUCUUCGAAAUUACGCCAUUUUUCCAUCUGGUCGAGGUAAAGAAGAGCAAUGGAGACACAUUGGAGUACCAGAAGGUAAUGAAACAAGAUAUUAGACCGGCACUGAGCGACAUUGUUUGGGCUUGGCAAGGCGAGUUGCCGCCGCAGCCGCCACUACCACCACCACCGCUGCCUAUGGAGCAUCAAGAGUCGCAACAAUUCCGUGCGGUUUCGACCCACAGUUGAUCACCUUGUUAAUUCGUUUUCGUAUUUUCAAACUAUCUUCCUUGGUAUUUUCUAUAUAUGGUUGGUGUAAUAAAGUUAGGACCAGUAUUUAAAGUUGUAUUUGUGUGGGUUCUUGG